UCUCCUCCCAGUAGCGAAUGUGAGAGAAACAUAAAAAAAUUGCUCUUCAGCCUUUUCACAGGAACUGGGUCAUGUUCUUAACCGAUAGUGACCAAAAACUAAUUGUAUCUCUUUAUUGAAAUGCAUUUUGGAUAGGUUGUUUACGCUUGGUAAGCUGGAUCUUCGUAACUCUGUUUAUUGGAACAGACUUUGGAACGUUUGUUUACCUGGUUACUUGUUGCUUACUUAAUACUAGACUACGACAGGCAGAGUUUCAGGAAUCCAUGAAAGAAGUGAUUAUAAGAAAAUGAGAAAAAAUGUCUGAACCGAGGUCCAGUUUUCUUCACAUUGGGGAUAUUGUCUCCCUCUACGCAGAAGGCACAGUCAAUGGCUUCAUUAGCACUUUAGGAUUAGUGGAUGACAGAUGUGUAGUACAGCCAGAUGCUGGGGAUCUUGCCAAUCCACCAAAGAAGUUCAGAGACUGCCUUUUCAAGGUAUGUCCUAUGAACAGAUAUUCAGCACAGAAGCAGUUCUGGAACGCAAAACAAGGAAAACAGGGGAACACCACAGAGGGAGCACUGCUGAAAAAACUACAGCAUGCUGCCGAACUGGAACAGAAACAAAAUGAAUCUGAGAAUAAAAAAUUGCUUGGUGAUAUGGUUAAAUACAGCAAUGUUAUACAGCUACUACACAUCAAAAGCAACAAAUACCUCACGGUGAAUAAGAGACUUCCAGCCCUUUUAGAAAAGAAUGCUAUGCGAGUGUCACUGGAUAUGGCUGGGAACGAGGGCUCCUGGUUCUAUAUCCAGCCCUUCUGGAAGCUGAGGAGUGAAGGUGACAAUGUUGUUGUAGGUGAUAAGGUGGUGCUGAUGCCUGUGAAUGCUGGACAGCCUCUGCAUGCCAGUAAUAUAGAGCUUCUAGACAACCCAGGCUGCAAGGAGGUGAAUGCACUGAAUUGUAACACAAGCUGGAAAGUCACCCUUUUUAUGAAAUUUAGUGACUACAGAGAUGAAGUUUUAAAAGGGGGUGAUGUAGUGAGGUUAUUCCAUGCAGAGCAAGAAAAGUUCCUGACCUGUGAUGAUUACAAGAAGCAUCAACACAUCUUCCUCAGGACCACACUGCGACAAUCUGCCACCUCCGCCACCAGCUCCAAAGCACUCUGGGAAAUAGAGGUUGUGCACUAUGACCCCUGCAGAGGAGGAGCUGGGCAAUGGAACAGCCUUUUCCGAUUCAAACACCUGGCUUCGGGAAAUUAUUUGGCUGCAGAGGUGAACCCUGAUUUUCGAGAUGAAGACACUGGUGGUAAAGCUGCGGUGGAAGGCGAUAUCCUGACCUCAAAGAAGAAGCGCCAGGCAGCCGAGAAGAUUGCCUACACUCUGGUCUCUGUCCCACAUGGGAACGACAUCGCCUCCCUGUUUGAACUGGAUGCCACCACUCUACAGAGGGCAGACUGCCUCGUACCAAGGAACUCCUAUGUGAGACUGAGGCAUCUUUGCACAAACACCUGGGUAACCAGCACAAGUAUCCCUAUAGAUGUUGAAGAAGAGAGACCUGUCAUGCUUAAGAUUGGAACAUGCCCCACAAAAGAAGAUAAGGAAGCCUUUGCUAUAGUCUCAGUCCCGUUAUCGGAGGUCAGAGACCUGGACUUUGCCAAUGAUGCUAACAAGGUCCUAGCAUCAACAGUGAAUAAACUAGAGAAUGGGAACAUCGCUCAGAAUGAGAGGAGGUUUGUAACUAAACUGUUGGAAGACCUCAUUUUCUUUGUGGCUGAUGGUUCAAACAAUGGUCAGGAAGUGUUGGAUGUGGUCAUUACAAAACCCAACCGGGAGAGACAGAAACUCAUGAGGGAACAAAACAUUUUGGAGCAGAUCUUUGGCAUACUAAAAGCCCCAUUCAAAGAUAAACAGGGUGAGGGGCCGAUGCUAAAGCUGGAAGAGCUUGGAGAUCAGAGAUAUGCUCCAUUUAAAUACAUACUCAGGCUGUGCUACAGAGUCCUUAGACAUUCACAGCAAGAUUAUAGGAAAAACCAGGAAUAUAUUGCCAAGAAGUUUUGCAUCAUGCAGUCUCAGAUUGGAUAUGACAUUUUAGCAGAAGACACCAUCACUGCCUUGCUUCACAACAACCGAAAACUGCUGGAGAAGCACAUCACAGCCAAGGAAAUCGAGACCUUUAUCAGUCUGUUACGGAGAAAUAGAGAGCCCAGGUUCUUGGAUUAUUUGUCAGACCUCUGCGUGUCAAACACAACUGCAAUCCCAGUGACUCAAGAACUAAUUUGUAAAUUUAUGCUGAACCCCAUCAAUGCUGAUAUUCUCAUUCAAACAAAGCUGAUACCGCACAUGGAUAACGCCCUGGAAAGCUCCCUGCUGCAGGAUGAUGUUGAUGAUGAAGAGGUUUGGCUCUACUGGAUAGACAGCCAUAAGGAACCCCAUGGGAAGUCAAUCCGGCAUUUGGCUCAGGAUGCCAAGGAUGGCAAUAAAACGGACAAAGAUAUCAUUACAUAUUACAGAUACCAGUUAAACCUGUUUGCUAAGAUGUGUUUGGAUCGGCAGUACCUAGCCAUCAACCAGAUCUCCACCCAGCUGCAGGUGGACCUGAUCCUGCGCUGCAUGUCUGACGAGUGUCUGCCCUUUGACCUUCGGGCCUCCUUCUGCCGUCUGAUGCUCCACAUGCACGUGGACAGGGACCCGCAGGAGUCUGUCAUCCCGGUCAGAUACGCCAGGCUGUGGAUGGAAAUUCCCAGCAAGAUAACAAUCCACGAUUAUGAGUCCUCCACAGAUACCUCCAGAGAUGACAUGAAGGAUAAGUUUGCCCAAACAAUGGCAUUUGUUGAGGAUUACCUGAAAGAUGUUGUAUCUCAGCCCUUCCCGUUUGGUGACCAAGAAAAAAAUGAACUCACAUUUGAGGUGGUGCACUUGGCACGUAACCUGGUCUACUUUGGAUUUUAUAGUUUUAGUGAGCUGCUGAGGUUGACCAGGACAUUAUUAGCAAUUCUGGACAUUGUGCAGCAUCCCGUGUCAUCAUAUAUGGAUAGAUUAAGCACAUUUACUGAUGGAGGGAACAAUGUACUGAAGACGAUUCACGGUGUAGGAGAGAUGAUGACUCAGAUGGUGCUGAGCCGAGGAUCAAUCCUGCCCAUUGUACAUGACUCUCAGCCCACUGCUCGCCAUGGAAAACAGGUCAGCCUUGCUGACAGCGAGGAUGUCAUGGUAAUGGAUACCAAACUGAAAAUCAUUGAGAUACUCCAAUUUAUUCUCAGUGUUCGACUGGACUACAGGAUCACCUACCUGCUGUCUAUCUACAAGAAGGAGUUUGGAGAUAGCAGUUUAAAUAACAGUUCCAUAUCAAUUUCAGAACUUCCCUCCGUAACCAUUACAGAGCCUGAUAUAGAUGCAAUUGCAGCACUUGCAGAGACCAUGUUUGCCGGAUGUAAAGAAAGGAGUGCAGUCGAGCUGGAUGACGAGGGUGGACGGACGUUUCUCCGAGUCCUGAUUCAUCUGAUAAUGCACGACUACCCUCCUCUGGUGUCUGGUUCCCUCCAGCUGCUGUUCAAACACUUUAGCCAAAGAGCAGAGGUCCUGCAGGCCUUUAAACAGGUCCAGCUUCUGGUCUCCGAACAGGACGUAGAAAACUAUAAGCAGAUCAAGGCAGACCUGGAUCAGCUGAGGCUGACAGUAGAAAAGUCUGAGCUGUGGGUUGAAAAGAGCAUCAACUAUGGGAGCGAGGAAAUGGGCGAAGGACAAGCCAAAGAACAAAUUCAUGAGGAGCCAGGCAUCCUAAGCCCUGUGCAAGAUGGAAGCAAAAAGCCCCAGAUUGAUAGCAACAAGAGCAACAAUUACAACAUUGUCAAAGAGAUUUUGAUUCGAUUGAGUAAGUAUUAUCAUCAGAGCAAAAAGAGUCGGAUUCAGCAGCAGAGGCUGUUGAAGAACAUGGGUGCUCAUACAGUAGUUCUGGACCUCUUGCAGAUCCCUUUUGAAAAGUCUGACGAGAAGAUGAAUGAGAUUAUGAAUCUGGCCCACGUAUUCCUACAGAACUUCUGCCGUGGAAACCCUCAGAACCAGGCCCUGCUCCAUAAAAACCUCAACCUCUUCCUUACUCCUGGACUUCUGGAGGCUGAAACGAUGAGGCACGUCUUUAUGAAUAAUUACCAUCUUUGCAACGACAUCAGCGAGAGGGUGGUCCAUCAUUUUGUGCACUGCAUAGAGACUCACGGCCGGCACGUGCAGUAUCUCCGCUUUUUACAAACCAUUGUGAAGGCUGAUGGCAAAUACGUGAAAAAAUGCCAGGACAAGGUCAUGACUGAGCUGGUCAAUGGAGGAGAGGAUGUUCUGGUUUUCUACAACGACCGGACCUCCUUCCCCAUCCUGCUGCAGAUGAUGUGCUCUGAGCGGGAUCGCACAGAUGAGAGCGGGGCCCUGGCCUACCACAUCACCCUGGUAGCGCUGCUGGCAGCCUGCACUGAGGGGAAGAACGUGUACACAGAGAUCAAGUGCAACUCCCUGCUCCCUCUGGAUGACAUUGUCAGAGUGGUGACCCAUGACGACUGCAUUCCUGAGGUGAAAACUGCCUAUGUCAAUUUUGUUGACCACUGUUAUGUAGACACAGAAGUUGAGAUGAAGGAAAUAUAUACCAGUAACCACAUCUGGAAACUUUUUGAGAACUUCCUUGUUGACAUGGCUCGGGUUUGCAACACCACGACUGACAGAAAACAUGCAGAUGUAGCCCUGGAAAAAUAUGUCACAGAUGCUGUGAUGGCGAUUAUUAAAGGGUUCUUCAGUUCCCCGUUUUCUGUUAACAGCUCAAAUCUACAGACUCAUCAGCCAAUAUUUAUUCAGCUACUGCAGUCUGCUUUUAGGAUUUACAACUGCACAUGGCCAAAUGCAUUACAGAAAGCCAAUGUAGAGGGUUGUAUUAAAGCUUUGGCUGAAGUUGCAAAGAACCGUGCCAUAGCCAUUCCAGUAGACCUGGACAGCCAUGUGAACACCCUCUUUUUGAAGAACCACACCAACAUGGUGCAGAGGGCAGCCACGGGCUGGAGGAUGUCGGCUCGCAGUGGGCCACGCAAGGAGCCUCUUGGAGGACCGGAUUACAAGAACAUAAUUGAGAAGCUACAGGGUGUUGUAGCAUCUCUUGAGGAGCAGUUCAGCCCGAUGGUGCAGGCUGAAUUCUCUGUGCUGGUUGAUGUGCUUCACAGUCCAGAGCUUUUGUUUCCAGAGGCUGCAAGAAUACGUUGUGGAAGUGGAGCCUUCAUGUCCAAGCUGAUUACACAUACCAAGAAACUGAUGGAUAAGGAAGAGAAGCUUUGCAUUAAAAUCCUUCAAACAUUACGAGAAAUGCUAGACAAAAAGGAGAGCUUCGUAGAACAGGGCAACGUAUUAAGAAGAAUUCUCCUCACCCGCUACUUUGGUAGUGCCCGCAGUUUCACAAAAACAGAUUUGGGAAAUGUCAUUAACAGCUCACUGUCUUCAGGAAGUUUGUCCAAAUCUUCUCUGGGGGGUGGAUCAUCUGCGCAAGACUCAGACAAAACUGGGACCUGCUUGGCUGAUAUUCAGUGCCUAUUAGACAGUGAAGGGGCUUCUGAACUGGUUGUAGAUCUCAUUGUGAGCACUAAAAAUGACAGGAUCUUCCAGGAAAGCAUUUUGCUGGGAAUUGCUUUGUUGAAAGGAGGAAAUACCCAGAUACAGAAUUCAUUUUACCAUCAGCUGAGUAAACAGAAGAAAUCUGAAAAAUUCUUCAAAGUCUUUUAUGAUCGGAUGAAGAUGGCUCAGCAAGAGAUCCGAUCAACAAUGUCGAUGAAUACCUACGAUCUGAGCUGCAAGAAGAAGGACGAUGACGGAGACAUGACAACUUCCAGGACGAAGAAAAAAGGCAAGGGUUCACCUCUUCACCUCAAAGAUGAAAUUAAAGGGCAGUUAAAAGAAGCCUCCUCUGCCACCUCUAAGGCUUACUGCCUGUAUCGGAAGGAACUUGACCCUGAGAGUGAUCUGAUUGGCUCAGGGACUGAGGGAGGAGCUGAUGACAGCUCUCCAGAAGAAAUGCAAAUGAGUCCCGCCAUAGCGAUCAUGGAACCCAUCUUGCGGUACCUUCAGCUGCUCUGUGAGAACCACAACCGGGAUCUGCAGAACUUUCUCAGACACCAAAACAACAAAACCAACUAUAACCUGGUGUGCGAGACGCUCCAGUUUCUGGACUGUAUCUGUGGGAGUACAACAGGAGGGUUAGGCCUCCUGGGACUCUACAUCAAUGAAAGAAACGUCGAUCUGGUCAAACAGACACUGGAGAGCAUAACAGAGUACUGCCAGGGGCCCUGUCAUGAAAACCAGACCUGCAUAGCACAACACGAAUCCAAUGGGAUUGAUAUUAUAAUUGCACUCAUAUUGAAUGACAUCAACCCUCUUGGCAAGUAUCGCAUUGACCUGGUGCUGGAGUUAAAGAACAAUGCCUCCAAGCUUUUGCUGGCAAUAAUGGAAAGCAGACAUGACAGUGAAAAUGCAGAAAAGAUCCUGUAUAACAUGAGACCACAUGAACUGGUGGGUGUGAUGAAAGAUGCAUACAAUCAAGCACUGGAAAGCGAUACAAAUGAGGAAAGUGGAGGUGACCAGAUCCUUCCAAAAGAUGUUGGCCAUAAUAUUUAUAUAUUGGCCCAUCAGCUGGCCCGCCACAAUAAGUUGCUACAGCAGAGUUUGAAGCCUGCAUCUGAUCCGGAUUUGGAGGGGGAUGAAGCCUUGAAACACUAUGCUAAUCACACAGCACAGAUUGAGAUUGUACGCCAUGACCGGACUAUGGAGCAAAUUGUAUUCCCGGUGCCAAAUAUUUGUGAAUACCUGACAGAAGAAUCAAAGAUCCGUGUGUUCAAUACAACAGAAAGAGACGACCAAGGCAGCAAAGUGAAUGACUUUUUUCAGCAGUUUGAGGAUCUCUACAAUGAAAUGAAAUGGCAGAAAAAGAUCAGAAACAAUCCAGCUCUGUUUUGGUUUUCCCGGCACAUCUCACUAUGGGGAAGCAUUUCAUUCAAUUUGGCAGUUUUGGUAAACCUGGCAGUUGCACUGUUUUAUCCUUUUGGGGAUGACGGGGAUGAAGGCACUCUCCCUCCUCUGAUCUCGGCUCUGCUCUGGGCAGCAGUCGCAUUCAGCACAGCUAUGCUUUUUGUGUUACCGAAACCAGGGGGGAUUCAGCCAUUCCUCUUAUCUGUUAUGCUCAGGUCUAUAUAUACACUAGGACUUGGCCCUGCAUUGAUACUGCUUGGUGCUGCUAAUCUUUGUAAUAAGAUAGUGUUUUUGGUGAGCUUCGUUGGUAACCGUGGAACAUUCACACGUGGAUAUAAGGCUGUUAUCAUGGACAUGGCGUUUUUAUAUCAUGUUACCUACGUCAUUGUUUGUAUGCUGGGCCUUUUUGUCCAUGAAUUCUUCUAUAGCUUUUUGCUCUUUGAUCUGGUGUACAGAGAGGAGACCCUGCUGAAUGUAAUCAAGAGCGUCACGAGGAACGGGCGUUCCAUCAUCCUCACAGCUGUGCUGGCCCUGAUCCUCGUAUACCUCUUCUCCAUCAUUGGCUUCCUCUUCCUCAAGGAUGACUUCCGCAUGGAUGUAGACAGGCUGUCCACGGCAGAAACAGAGGCCGACGGGACAGAGAGAGUCUGCGACACUUUGCUGAUGUGUAUCAUCACUGUAUUAAACCAGGGCUUGAGGAACGGUGGGGGAGUAGGAGAUGUGUUGAGGAAGCCUUCAAAAAACGAGCCUCUGUUUGCUGCCCGGGUUGUGUAUGACCUCCUCUUCUUCUUCAUUGUGAUCAUUAUUGUUCUCAAUCUAAUCUUUGGUGUUAUCAUUGACACCUUUGCUGAUCUAAGGAGUGAGAAGCAAAGGAAAGAAGAAAUCCUGAAGACCACAUGCUUCAUCUGUGGUCUUGAGAGAGACAAGUUUGACAACAAGACUGUUUCUUUUGAGGAGCACAUCAAGUGUGAACAUAAUAUGUGGCAUUACCUGUACUUCUUAGUGCUUGUUAAAGUAAAAGACCCAACUGAAUACACAGGACCUGAAAGUUACGUAGCACAGAUGAUAAAGGAGAAAAACUUGGACUGGUUCCCUCGGAUGUGCGCCAUGUCCCUUGUUAGUAAUGAAGGUGACAGCGAGCAGAACGAGAUCCGAAUGCUGCAGGAGAAGCUGGACAGCACAGAGACGCUGGUCACACAGCUGUCCAGUCAGCUUUCUGAACUCAAAGAACAGAUGACCGAACAAAGGAAGAACAAACAGAGGUUGGGCUUUCUUGGAUCAAACACACCUCAUGUGAAUCAUCACAUGUCAUCACACUAACCACGGGGAAGCAGGACUACAGCAGCAGGUCAUCCGUUCCACUGAGAAAGAAAACAGUGAUGUGAAGAAGAAAAAAAAAACAGACUUGUGCGAGACAUUUUCUUUUAAGAACUGGAACUGGGUUAAAGUGAUUUUUAUGGGUCAACUGGACCUGUUUAUAACUAGGGAGAAUAAUGCAGUUGGGCUAUAUCCAUAUAGCAUACAUGUUUUGUAUUUUUUCGUGUAAUGUUUUUGCAUUUUAAAGGAGUAAAGGCAAUUCAAUUAUCUCAAAAUAGUCUACCAUAGACCAAUAAACUAUUUUAAUAGUAGCAGAACCAAUGCUGUACACGACAUGGGGGAGAUGAAUUUAGGGUUAAAAAGGCUUCUUGAUUAGUUGUUUUAUGGCCUUGUUGGUCAUUGAUUGGCAUCAUCUAUAUACCUGACCUUAACCAGUCACAGCCAAGCUGAUUGAGUGGGUAGCUGGUGAAUACAUAUGCCAGCUGUUGAACUGCACCCAGUACGUUCUAACCACUGAGUUUUAGGGACUCCAUUGUUCUUUUUUAAUGCCUUUGUUAGUAAAAAAAAUAUAUAUAUAUAUAUAUAUGAAAAUCCUUUUGCCCUUCAUACAAUGACUACUUUCCUCUGUGUGAUUUAGUUUGAGGAUCAACAUGUUUGAGUAUAUGUACACAUCGUCUUACACAUAAUAGUUCCUUAACUUUCUUUUUAAUGCUUUUAAAAUGCAGAUUAGGAAUAGUAAAUGUACAUGGGGGUGGGGGUUGCAAAGUUCAUGUCAAGAUUUUUUUUUUAUGUAUUGUGCAAUUACUUUAACUGUGAGCUAACUAUGUUGUAUGGGAAUCAACUGCAAAUAAGUCUGAGCUCUUGGAGUUUCUGGGUCUGAUUUUCUUGUGGGAGGGAAAAAAACACAAUUUCUGAAAGGAGCAAUUACAUUAUUAUUCUGAGUUGUUUAUUAUCUGUUUUAAAAUAUUUUAAUUGUGAUAUUUAUUUUAGACAAAAUGGGGGCAAACUUCAAAAUGGGACUUUAAGUGCCUUGAGCACCGCUCUGCAUUUUAACAGUCGACUGAUUCAGGAUUGAACUGCCUCUUAAAAUAGGCUAGAACGUGAAAAAACAUCAGAUAUGUUACUCAUUUACUUGUCUGAUGGCUGAGCAUUUGAGUUUACCUUUACAGAGGCAUAGGUUUUAAAAAAAACUGCUGCAACUGUAUUAGAUAACUUUUUUGUUUUUAAUGAAAUAAAUCCUAACACUGAUUUUCCUAACCAACAGCAGCAUCAUGGUUCAUGUAACAUUCUUUACCCUGCUCCAGGUUCACACCCUCAGUGGUUCUGUGAUCUUCCAGAAAUCCAAUAGGCAAUACAUCUACAGUAUGUUUCCCAUACAGUGUAUCCAUGCACCUUUAUGUACAUUUGGAGCCAAUGGUCCACAAAGGAGAAACAUGUAUUAUGCCUUAAUAUACUGAUUACUGUAUUAUGUGCCUUUGUAAAAGUGUUUGUAAAUACUGUUUUUAGUUCUAUAAUUUGUUUGUAAAUUACAUACAAAAUAACAAGACAAAUUCAGAUGAUCCAGGUAGAGUUUACUUGAAGAGAAAAAGAUGCAGAAUAAAACAUUUCUGGAAUUUGGAUCAGACCGUUAAAAAAAAUGAUCACUCAUAAUAUCUUCAGCCCCAUUCAUAUUGCUAUCAGUAUGCAACACUCUUUUUGUUUUUAAUUACAAUAGGUUGCAUCUCUUUGGGUACAGUAUAUGAAACCAGUCUAAAAGGAUUUUUCUAUAUCAUCUGAUACUGGCAUCUCAUCUUGCUCAAUAUAAUUCUCAAAAUUUCUGUUUUAUCAGUUCCUUUUGGGGCUGUCUCGCUUCCUUCUGUGGUUUAAUAUUAGAACUGGAACUAGUUUACAUUAACCAGAAAUGCAAAUGAGCACAAUGUAAACAAAUGUACUAACAGAUGAACCUUAUUGUUUUGAGCAGUCUGGGGCUAGCCUGUCGUCCAUUUUGUUCCGGGGGUAUUGAUAAUUACUUGAAUAGUUUUCAGGGUAGGAGGUUGUUUGAAAGUUGAGACUUAAGAUAGUUUUGACCUUGUGCAGGUGCAGACACAUUGAAAUCCCCUGAUUGUAUUAAGGGAAUCUGUGUUAAAAGAGAAAAAAAAACAGGUCUAUUUAUAAAGAAAGGAUAAGCAAGUUCUCUCAAAAUAUAUUUGUGGAAAAUGAAUGAGUGCUUGUAAAUGUAUGCCAUUCAGGCUAAUAUUAUUAUUAAAACCUGUGGAUUCUU